AUUGCGCCUGCGUGGACCGGGAGGGGGAAAAAAAAAAUGUCUCCAGAACGUUGUGGAUAAGAAGAAGCUUAGAGACUCCUCUGGCUGCGCCUGCGCCGAGGCAACGUUGAUUGAUACCUGACCUUUGGGCCACGUGGGUGCCGUUCUUGGAAAAGCUGCUGCGCUGGGCUGGAGCUCAAGGAGAGACUGCGGGCAAAGCAGGCAGCAGCAGCAGCAGGAGGUUCAAGAGACCCGGGAUCGAGAAGAUGCCCAGGGGUAGCAGGAGCGUCGGUUCCCGGUCGACUGCGGCCAGCAAUCCAGCCCCGUCUCAUGCCCAGCACCCCCCAGCUCACCCCCCUCCUUCGGCGGUGGCAACCCCAGCGCAGCCCCAGCAGCCGGGCUUGAUGGCCCAAAUGGCUACCACGGCGGCAGGGGUGGCUGUAGGCUCUGCCGUGGGCCACGUGGUGGGCGGAGCUCUUACCGGGGCGUUCAGCGGAGGGGGCAGCUCCGAGCCUGCGAAACCCGCAAGCACCAUCCAGGAGACGAGGCAGCAGCCGUAUUACCAGCAGCCCCAGCACGGCCCCUGCCACUACGAGAUGAAGCAGUUCUUGGAGUGUGCUACGAACCAGAGCGACCUGACCUUAUGCGAGGGCUUCAACGAGGCCCUGAAGCAGUGCAAAUAUAACAGCGGCGUUGCUUCUCUCCUCUGAAGGAACUUUAGUCCUAAUGCAUCAGAAUCGGAGAAACCUGGAGUGGAGCCAUGGACCCGAAGGGAAUGGAAAGGCUAGCGACCGGUGGACAUGGGAUGGGAGUGGAUCUCGCCAGAUCAAUUGACCUCUUUAGCGGUAUUCCCAGUUAUAGAUCAGUCGGCCAGGAGAAUUCUGGUUGAUGGUUCUAAGAGUGGCGUUUCUAGGACAUCGCUUGAAUGUGACCGAGAAAUGUGAAAUAAAUAGAGAUGGUUUAUUUUAAUCUA